CAUUAAAGAGGGCAAGACUGGAGGCAAUCUGGGCUGCAGUGACCAUGCCAUGGUUGAGUUCGUGAUCUCCAGGAAUGUGGGCCUGGCAAAGGGCAAAGGCAGGACCCUGAAUUUCCAAAGAGCAAAUCCAAGCUAUUUAAAGACCUAGAGGAUGAGAUCCCCUGGAAUACCAUCCUAUGGGACAAAGGAGCUGAGGAGAGCUGGAGACUCUAAGGAUGUUUUCCUUAGAGCGCAAGAACUCUCUGUCCCUCUACGUAAAAAGGCGGGCAGGAAGGGCAGACAACUGGGAUGCCAGAGUAAAGACCACGCAGGAUCAUUUUGGGAAGGACGGCAUCCCAUGGGAGGGACCCCACAAGGAGCAGGAGCAGAGUGAUUUGAGGAGUGGCGGAGUCGAAGCAUCAGAGAAAGACUAGCAUUAACUGGUGUUCUGGAGAGGCUCCUGCUGGGGACAAGCCCCUUGUGCUUGCUGAAGGCAUUGGGCAGGGCACCCAGCUGUGAUGCAUGGUGGUGCCAAGCCUCUAGAGCUCCCAGGACACUUGCUCCCAUUGCCCCAGGGACAAAGGUGCUCCCAGAGGGUUAUUGCAGGCAGGAACUGGGCAAAGGUUAGGGAAGUUGGGCGUAGCCUUGGGCUUUCCGCAGCUCUGCUGGGUUCGGUCCUGACCCCAGCUACUGCUCCCGGUGCAGCACAGAUGGGGCUCCCCUGGGGCUGCGGCAUCCCCAGCCUCACCGGCCAUGCCAGGGGCCUCCUGACUUCCCUCGUCACUCUGUUCCUCCUCCGGCUGGGCUCAGCCCAGCUCAGAGUGGUGGGACCAGACUAUCCUCUCACCGCCACCAUGGGGCAGGAUGUUGUGCUGCGUUGUUACUUGUCCCCUCGCCAGGAUGCUCGCAGCUUGGAGGUCAGGUGGAUCCGGGACAAUAUCUCUGAGACAGUGCACCACUACCGCAAUGGACAGGACCUGUACGGGGAGCAGAUGGGGGCAUAUGCCGGGAGGACAGAGUUGGUCAGAGAUGGUCUCUCUGCUGGAAGCCUGGACUUGCGAAUCACAAGGCUGAGACCCUCAGAUGAUGGCCGGUACAUCUGCAUAGUGAAAGAUGCUGAUGCUUAUGACAAAGCAACAGUGGAUCUGGAGAUGUCAGCCACAGGCACUGACCCCCACCUCUCCCUGGGGGGCUACGAGGCCAGAGGCGUCCGGGUGCUGUGUCGAUCGGCUGGCUGGUACCCGCUGCCGCAGCUGCUGUGGAGGGAUGCUCGAGGGCAGCACCUGCCCUCGGUCUCCCAGACACAUUCCCAGGACCAGGAGGGGCUCUUUGAAAUCGAAGGCGCCGUCAUUGUGACCGGGAGCGUGGAGGGGCCCUUGUCCUGUGUGGUCAGGAGCAGCCGCCUGCAGCAGGAACGGGACUCAUCCCUGCACAUUGCAGCUCCCUUCUUCCACAACGCCCAGCCCUGGAUGGUGGCUCUGGCUCUGGUCCUCGUGCUUUUGGCUGUGUCCAUUGGCCUCGGUGUUUAUCUCUUUCGAAAGCAAGUGGCACGGAUACGAGAGCUGGAGAAAAAAGCUGCAGAGCUGGCAUGGAGAAAAUGUUUGCUGCCUCAAAAUACAGUGAAGGUGACCCUGGAUCCACACACGGCUCAUCCCCUGCUUGUUGUGUCAAAGGACCACAGGAGUGUGAGACGAGAAAGUAAAAGCCAGCAGGUGCAUAACAGUCAGGACAGAUUCAAGUACUGGUGCUGCGUGCUAGGCCAUGAGGAGUUUGAAGAGGGGAGGCACUGCUGGGAGGUGGAGGUAGAGGUGGAGGGGGAGUUGGAAAAUGAAUCCUGCUGGGCUGUGGGGGUGACCAGGGCAUCUGUGAACAAAAAGGAGAAGAAUUACCCCAAAAAUGGGAUAUGGGCAUUGAUGUACCAACAAGGGCAGCUCAUGCCUCUCACAUCUCGAAUCCACUUACCCCUGUCACCUGUCCCCACGAGGAUCUGGGUCUGUCUGGACUGUACCCAGCAGCAGGUGUCUUUCAUCAACGCUGACAAUGGGGUCGAGAUCUACACUUUCACAGCAGCCUCCUUCAAUGGGGACAGCAUCCGCCCCUGGUUUUUGCUGGAGACAGAGGGAACUCAGCUGUGCCUGAAGGACAGCACCCCCCAGACCCUGUCCCCAGCCCUGAGGGGCUCCUGUGAUUCUCCAGCCACUCCUGCAUCACCUCUCCUUGGUCCUGCAGGAGCAGCACAGGAGUGAGGGGCAGUGGGGCCAGGGGCUGCUCCGUGUGUUCCUCCCUGCUGCUGGAGGAGGGCUGGGAUGCUGCAAGCAAGGACCAGGCCCCUUGCAGCCCCUGGGCUCUGCCCUACCCAGGACUCCUGGACUGGGGCACAAGCCCUGCUGGCACCCAUGGGUCUCACCCUGCCUCUGAGCCACAGCGGGCAGCACAGGGGCUGCAGCAGCUCUCCACACUUUUCUCUCCUCUUCUUGCACUGCUUGUAGACCCCAGGGCAAGGGAUGUGGUCACUGUGUGCUGCCGGCCAUUGCAGACCGCCUUUGUUCCUAGUUUGGGGUUGAUCCUUGCUCUGUGCCUGGUGCUGAGCAUGAGCAGCCUGUGGGGGCUUUUUGUUCCCCCCUCUGGAGCACAAAAAGGCACAGCAGUAAUGGAACUGUGGCAAGCGUACCCUGGGGUGCAUCGAGCACGGCAUUGCUCGUCGGUUGAGGGAAGUGAUUGUCCCGCUCUGCUCUGCACUGGUGCGCCCUCAACUUGAGUACUGUGUGCAGUUCUGGGCACCACAGUACAAAGAGGACUUUAAACUGUUGGAGAGUGUCCAGAGGAGGGC